CUUCGGUUCUUUGCACUGACAGCGGAUCGCGGUAUACAUUUCAUACAGUCAGUACACAUCGGGUAGCGUUGCGUAGGGUCCCAACAUCUGUUGAUCGACUGCUAGAGAAAGAUCGCGCGGUAUAGACUGCAGCCACGAGUAAUUUUCGGUGGACUCCGAAAAAUACAUUGCAUCAUAUAAGGGACUUUGUUUGUGUUCGAGUACGUCGAGUGACAUACGGAUCGACGAUUUCACUCGUCUCUUCUGCUGGAAUCGGGUAAACAUCAAGCCUAGUGAAAUCAGCCAUGCCUCGAAGGAAAAAUCUCUACAUGGAUCCCUACCCAUCCCUUUUAAGUUCAAUGAAAGAAGCCGAUUACGAUGAAAGGUUGGAAAUACUGAAGCGCUUCAGGCUCGAUCACAUCAAAGAGGAUCGAUGCGAAAUCAUCGCUCGAUUCCCCGGCUUGUACAAGCAAUUGCAGGGGCCGGUUCCGAAACUCCCGGCCAUUUUCGAUAACAGAGAGCUCGAUCAGCUUCUGUUCGAAGCGACGGAUACCUUUGCCGGCUAUUCGGUCACUCAUACGGCGCUGCAGUUCGUCUCGCUGGUGGUCCAGUCCGGCUACAGGUACGAGCCCGAGCACGACGACGAGGGCAGACCCCGCGCCGAGCACGCCACGCCGCUUCAUCUGGUGGUCCUGCACUCUCCAUCGCACUUCAAACCGGGCUGGUUCGAGUUGAGCGAUGACCUCUUCCGGAUCUACGAGAGACACGAGGUGAAUUAUCGGGACGAGCACGGACUGACGCUUCUGCACGUGGCCAGCCACUUCGGCUACGACCGCCGAGUGCGCAGGUACCUCGAGCUCGGGGCCGAUCCCAAUUGCCGCGAAGGCAAGACAGGCAACGCUCCCCUGCACGCGGCUCUGGCCAACGGCCUGAAGAGCACCGUGAAGCUGCUGCUUAAUUACGGGGCCGAUCCCAGCAUGGCCAACGCCCAGGGCGCGACGCCGCUGCACGUGGCUCUGGCCAACAGCCAGAAGAGCAACGUGAAGCUGCUGCUGGAGAACGGGGCCGAUCCCAGCAUGGCCAACGCCGAGGGCGCGACGCCGCUGCACGUGCUGGGCUUAAUACACAAUCGCGCCAAUCUGGCGGAGAUGCUGAACAAGCUCGGCAAGCACGGCCCGGUGCACGUGGACGCCCAGGACAACGAGGGCAACAGCCCGUUGCACCUGGCCGUGGGCAGCGACAACCAAAACAUGAUGGUCUACCUGCUGAAGCGAGGCGCCAAUCCGAAUUUGGUUAACAAUCGGCGACUGACUCCGCUGCACUUGGUUUGUCGAAGGCACAACGGCAGCACUCUCAAGUUGUUUUUCAAAACGAUCGACGAGCUGCGGCAAGAGUCAGCACCGCAGAAGGGCAAACGUUCGGCUAGCAGGCGUCGUCGCGUCGACGUCGUCGUGUACCAGGAGAUGAACGUCAACGUCCGAGACGAGUCGGGCCGGACACCGCUGCAGCUGGCCGUGGCCAAUUGCAGGCCCCAAGCGGUCGAUCUGCUGCUGGAGCACGGCGCCGACCUGGCCGAUUUCGCGUUCCCAACCUCGGACUACUUCGGUGCGUCGUUCGAGCCAGACAGGACCCUGAGGAUGGCCUCGGGCGCGCUGGCCUCCUGCGAGUGCCUCGAGAAGGCGGGCUACACGCUCACGCGCGACGACGCCGUGACCAUCAUGAAGUUCUUCGACGGGUGCGGCGGCAUGUUCGCGAGUAAGGAGAUCCUAGAUCGUCGCUGGUACGAUGACGACGCGCAGUUGCGGACCUGGGGGAAAAGCAUCAAGCCCAAGUGGCUGCCGGACGAGAUGACGCUCGAAGACCUGGUGAUGCUGCCGUUCGAGCUGGCCGACCAGCGAAUGGAGUACGACCACUAUCACUCGCUGUCUCUAGAGGGCCUCUACUACUUCGUCGUCAGCAGGAGCUCGCCCUGCAACGAGUACCUGUGCGAGCAGCUGGCGCGAGGAUUCUUCCGUCGCUGGGCGCUGCAUCCCUUCAUGGAGCUGAUCCACGACAGGCUGCCGCAGCUCUGCUGCGAGAUGAUCCUCGAGCAUCUGACCAAUCGCGAUCUGUGCAACGUGUGCUUGGCCGUGGCGGCCGAGAGCAGCCCCGUGACUCAGCCGCACGGCGAGCAGCGGGAGCCGCCACCACCACCGAGACAGGAGGAGGAGGCGCGCAGCAGCGAGCCACCAUCACCACCGGCGAGGAAGAGAAGGAGUAAAAAAUUGAAGACUUAGGAGAACGAAGCGAAUCGUUCGUUUUUACAGUCGGUAUACGGGAUCGACAAAGACUUAACUUUUUAUACGAACUGUAUUGAGAAAAAAGAAAAGCGACUCUGUACUAUAUAGACCUGUAUAUAGAAACGCAACACUUGUGAUAUGUCGAUAAAGCAUACUUGCCGAAUUUUCGUGUGUCCAAUGUUUAUGAAUUGUACCAAUUGUUCACGUCGUUCAAAUAA